AUGGAUUUUCCAGGUUCAACACCAUUUAAUGAUGAGCAUAGACACAGCCUCUCAAGACAUAUUUUUCCAAGUUGUGCUUGUGCCUUUUUGGAUGAUGAUCCUGCCUAUGAGUGCUCCACAAACCCUCUGACAGGCUCUGUUCCUACACACCGCCGCAGCCCUCGACUGCUUUCCAAUGGUUAUUAUGUUUUGACAGAAGACAGUUUUCUGUCUGAUGAAGAGGGCAACAUAACACUGACACCAUCCCACACCAGUGUUACAUAUAAAGAGAAUUUAGUUCGAGUAUUCAGGCGAAGGAAGAAAAUCCGUCGCUCUCUUGACAGCUUGUUCAAUCUCAGUGCCUCCAGCUCAUGGCUCAGCUCCACCAUUCCCAGCAGGAUGGAUUUCUCCUAUGUAGAGGAUCCUUGGCCUGAUGGAUGCAGUAAACUAGAAGCCAGUCACAGUGAUAUUGGUGAUUCAGACUUUUCUUCUGAAUAUAACCAUGUGUCACAAAGGCAAAUUCCAGCAUCUAAUGGAGCAUUUCUCACCAAAGAUGAAGAGUUUCUUCAUUUUGAGGAACCAUUUUGUGCUUCAAAAUCCUCUUCUUCACUUAUGAUAAAUGCAAAUGAAGAGAAUUGGAGCAAUGCAGAAUCCAGGACAGUGCAAAAUGUCAUUUCUCAGAUGGUUGCAUUGAUCAUGUGUUUAAUCAUUUCAGUAUGUACAAGAUAUUUUAUGGGAGGACUGUCUGCCGCUUUGUUGCUGAUGAUUUUAGCUUUUCUUUUGUCCCAAGAUGCUGCUGUGUCCUCUUUCUUCAGUCUCGACACAUUUUUCAAAAAGCUAAAUUUUGUGAAGCUCAAGAGGAUCAUUGUUGUUUCUGAAGCUGUCAGGGUUCAGGAGAUCAGUGUAUGCCAAGGGUACCGAGACAAUCUGGCAGACCUCAGCCUUUGA